ACACACACACACACACACACAGGGGAACACGGGGAAGGGGGCAGGGCCAGCUCACACUGUGUUCAGUUUGCUUCUAUUGCACACAGCAGUAGUCCACCCGAAACGACAAUAGAGACAAAGAUGUGCUGCCCAUGGUCUGUUAAAGGAUAUCUGGCCCAUGAGGAGGGGUAUUUCCCUAUGAGGGCGUGAUAGUUCAAACAAGGAGACCGGAGUGAGAAGUGAGGAGUGAGGAGGAAGCAGGGUUGAGAUUGUGUGUGUGUGCCCUGUUCUGUAAACACGCUGCGAACAAGCUGUGUGUGUCCUCUUUUCCCAGCGGCUUGGAGCCGCAGCUCAACAGAUACCGCAAAAUGGAGCUGUGAGCUCCCCUUCCUCAUCCUUGUCUUCAUUGCAGCGUGAACGCUCCCGGGAUCUUGACGGCAUGACCGUAGAUCCCAUCUGAUGCCGAGGCUGAAGGAGUCACGGUCUCACGAGUCGUUGCUCAGCCCCAGCAGUGCAGUAGAAGCUCUUGAUCUCAGUAUGGAGGAGGAAGUGCUCAUCAAACCGGUGCACAGCAGCAUCCUGGGACAGGAUUUCUGCUUUGAGGUAACUACUUCAACAGGAAGCAAAUGCUUCUCAUGUCGGUCGGCUGCCGAGAGAGACAAAUGGAUGGAGAAUUUGAGACGUGCUGUACAUCCAAACAAGGAUAACACCCGUCGGGUGGAAAACAUGCUGAAAUGUUGGAUUAUUGAGGGCAAGGACUUGCCAGCAAAGAAAAAAUACUUCUGCGAACUUUGUCUAGAUGACACGUUAUAUGCACGGACUACCUGCAAACUCAAAACAGACAAUGUUUUCUGGGGCGAACACUUUGAGUUCAACAACCUGCCCUCAGUUAAGAGCAUCACCGUGCACUUAUACAAGGAAACAGACAAAAAGAAAAAGAAGGACAAAAAUAAUUACAUCGGGCUGGUCAAUAUCCCCAUAGCAGCAGUCACUGGGCGACAGUUUGUGGAAAAGUGGUAUUCAGUGAGCACACCGAAUCCCAAUAAAGGAAAGACUCCGGGGCCCAUGGUCCGAAUGAAAUCUCGAUAUCAAAGCAUGAGUAUCCUCCCCAUGGAGAUGUACAAGGAGUUUGCAGAGUAUAUUACAAAUAAUUACAUGUUAAUGUGCUCGGUGCUGGAGCCAGCACUCAGUGUGAAGAACAAAGAGGAGAUGGCUUGUGCACUUGUUCAUAUCCUGCAAAGCACAGGCAAGGCCAAGGACUUUCUGACGGAUCUGAUGAUGUCCGAGGUGGACCGUUGCGGAGACAACGAGCAUCUCAUAUUCCGUGAAAACACUCUGGCCACUAAAGCAAUAGAGGAGUACCUGAAACUAGUGGGACAGAAGUACCUACAGGAUGCUUUAGGUGAAUUUAUCAAAGCCCUUUAUGAGUCAGAUGAGAACUGUGAGGUGGAUCCCUCUAAGUGUUCCUCCAGCGACCUGCAUGAACACCAAAGCAACCUGAAGAUGUGCUGUGAGCUGGCUUUCUGCAAGAUCAUUAACUCUUACUGCGUAUUUCCACGGGAACUCAAGGAAGUGUUUGCAUCAUGGAGGCAGGAGUGCAGUAACCGAGGACGACCGGACAUCAGUGAACGUCUGAUCAGUGCAUCUCUCUUCCUGCGCUUUCUGUGCCCUGCCAUUAUGUCGCCCUCUCUCUUUAGUCUCAUGCAGGAAUAUCCUGACGAUCGUACAGCACGCACACUCACUCUCAUCGCCAAAGUGACGCAAAACCUUGCCAACUUUACCAAAUUUGGCAGUAAGGAGGAGUACAUGUCCUUCAUGAAUCAGUUCUUGGAGCAUGAAUGGACGAACAUGCAGCGUUUUCUGUUGGAGAUCUCCAACCCAGAGACCAUCUCUAACACAGCAGGUUUCGAGGGUUAUGUUGACUUGGGCCGUGAACUCUCCUCUCUCCAUUCUCUUCUGUCAGAAGCUGUCUCACAACUUGAUCAGAGUACUACCACUACGCUGGGUCCUUUGGCACGAAUCCUGCGGGACGUGAAUUUAGCCCUGACGAACCCCACCGGAGUCCCUGUGUCAUCUCCAACCGAGCGUGUGGGCUCGCCUGUACUACCCAGCAGCAGCCUGUCAACCGGUCUGCAGAAGAUGGUCAUGGACAGUGAGAUCACAGGGUUAGUGGAUUUCACUCGCCUGCCCUCGCCGACCCCCGAAAACAAGGAUCUGUUUUUCGUAACGAGGAACUCUGUGAUUCAACCGUCACCCGCCCGCAGCUCUAGUUACUCUGAAGCCAAUGAGCCAGAUGUUCAGAUUCCUAAUGGCAGCAAGAGUUUGUCCAUGGUGGACUUGCAGGACAGUCGUUCUCUGGAGAGCACGCCCAAUGCCUCCUACAGUGAUCCCAUCAAUGACAGCCAGACCUCUGUUGGACAGGGAACUGGAGUAUGGACCACCCGCACUGUUAAGGGCAACACACCCUGCGGUCCAACCCUGAGGAGGGCAGGUCAGACCCCCACAACACCGAGCACAGAGAGUGCCCCAGGGAGGUCCCAACUGCUCGCUCCCCUGUCCUUCCAGAAUCCAGUGUACCAGAUGGCCGCUGGAUUGUCCGUGUCACCCCGUGCCGAUUCAGGAUCCGAAUGCCAGAGUUCCAUCAGCUCCCAGGGUAAUGCAGAGGAAGCGGCGACCGUGGGGCCAAAGCACCCGUUUUUAAACCAGUCCAGUACCGGUGCCAGCGGUGCAGGGGGUAGCAGUGGUGAUGAGUUUGUUAGACAGUCUGGAGAGUUCACACGCAGACAGCUGUCUCUCACCGAGACCCAACACCAAACCAACGUACUGCGCUUGAACAGUGCAGGGCCACACCGUAGGAUUGAUCAACCACCUCCAGCUGUCACAAGGGGCCGCACUCCACCCAACAUGCUCAACACCGCCCCCUACCCCCGUCCCUCUAGUGGCAGUAUGAUGUCAUCAUCUCCUGAUUGGCCAAGCAGUAGCACUAGACUGAGACAGCAGUCGUCAUCAUCAAAAGGCGACAGUCCGGAAUCCAAGCAACGUACCCUGCACAAACAAGCUCCAUCUCCUGUGAAUCCAAAUGCAUUGGACCGCACUGCUGCAUGGCUGCUGAAUAUGAAUGUGCAAUACUUGGAGCAGGAAGGAAUUGACCCAGAUUCGAAGCACCGGGAGGACUUUCCAAACAAAGAAGAUCUCACACAAACUGAAAAGUAUCAGCAGGAGAUAGCUCUCCUGCAGGAGAAGCUGCAUAUUUCUGCUAAGAAGCUGGAUGAGUAUGAAUCUCUCAUGAAGAGUCAGGACGACCAGACCCAGAAGAUGCUCUUGGAGUACCAGGCUCGACUGGAGGACACGGAGGAGCAAUUACGCAAGCAGCAGGAUGACAAAGAGUUCCAGAUGAAGAGCAUCAUCACCAGGUUGAUGUCAGUUGAAGAAGAACUGAAGAAGGAUCAUGCAGACAUGCAGGCCAUCGUCGACUCAAAGCAAAAAAUCAUCGAAGCCCAGGAAAAGAGAAUCGCAUCCCUGGACGCAGCUAACACUCGGCUAAUGAGCGCUCUGUCUCAACUUAAGGACCGUUACAGCAUGCAAACGAGGAACGGCAUCUCUCCCACAAACCCUUCUAAGCUGCAGAUCACGGAAAAUGGAGAAUUCCGGAAUAGCAGCAACUGCUAGCUGGAUACAAACACACACAGGUCCACAGGCCUAGUGAUGGUGGACAAGGGCUAUGGAGAACUCUUACAAUGAGACAAUAUGGAAAAGUGGCACUUGAAUGAGUUUAGAUUAACUUUACAAAGUCCUUAGUAUGUGAGCGGAAAUAAUUCAGUAUAUCAAGCAUAUGAAACUCUUUGGCUUUGGCAAUGAAAACAACAAGUUGUACCAGUUUGUGCACUCUGUAUAUAAAGGCUAUUAAGUCUUUUUGAGUUGUUUUAGAUUAUUAGCCAUGCUAAAAUCUUUUGUCCAAUCGAAUAUUCAAAUGAUGUUUCAUUCAUAGCCCUUGUCACAAGAACAUUUUUAUGUCAUCUAUAGAUUUGAUCUGCGCAUAGAUGCCAUUUGGGUUUAGCUUUCGCAAAGUUAGCAUGCUGAAAGCGGUCAUAGGUAUGUCAUUGUUUGCUUAAACACUUUAUAAAGUGUUAUUUUAUAAAUUUCCAUUAGACCAGAACCACUUUUUUAUGCAUCUGUACAUUUCAUGUAAACAUUUCCUAAAACUUUUUUGUUGCUUUUUUCACAGCAGGGCAGCAGUAACACACAAAAAAAGAAAAUAUUAUUAUUAUUAUUAUUAUUAUUAUUAUUAUUGUAUGGUAAAGAGAGAACUUUAAACAUCACAUUUCAUUGCAUACUUUGUAUGUGGAUAACGUUUUAGUCUAUAUGGAGGUGAUAAACCUCAUUAACAUUUAUUUUUAUUUUUAUUGGCUUUUCAGAGAGAAGAGAUAUUUUAAUUUUUUGUACAGUGUGUAUUACCUGUGCUGAGGUAUGCUGUAAUGUGUUAGAAGAAUACAAAUAAUACUAUAAGCUUCGAUUGUAAAUUCAGGUGCUGCUUCUAGACCGGGCAAAGUUGAACACAAAAUUUAAAGGGACAGUUCACCCAAAACAUUUUAUUCUGUAAUCUUUUUCAUACAAUUUAAGUAAAUGGUGACUUGGACUGUCAUUCUACCUAACAUCUCCUUUUGUUUUCCACGACAUGAGGGUAAGUAGAUGAUGACAGAUUUGUUUUCUUUCUUUGUUGAACUAUCCCUUUAAUGCUCUGUGCUCACAAAAAAAAAAAACAGUCUAUCAAUGCUAAGACAUGGAUAAAAGCAAUCUUGCUGCUUGCUGUAUUCAGACUCCGUAUUGAUCAUCAUACCUACUGUACAACCAGUGUCUAUCCCCCAUGAUAUCUUGUAUUCCACAAUAUGCACUUUCUAUAGCAUUAGAAUGGACCCUUUAAUCAAAACCUGCUUCUGCGGACAUGUUAUAAAGGCUAUUUAGAGCAGCAAGUAUAAAGCAUAAAACAUUCAGCACUUCUACUGGAUGAAAAUGGUUUGAGAUAAUGUGUGAAGUGUGUCAUGGGCAGAUGAUGUCAUUGCAUUGGCUGUGAAGUAUAUUGUUUUACUGAGGUUGUGGUGUUUUUUUAAACGCAGUUUCAAGAAAGAAAGAAAGUCAUGCAUAUUUAGAGCAACAUGUCAGUGAUUGAGGCCAUGUUAACAAUAUUACAGUUUUAUUUUUUGUUUAAAAAUGCAUGAAUUUUGUUGUGUUUUGGCCUUCCACACUGAGACGUCAUUUUUGUCCAGGGAAAAAUUAGCUUUUCGAAAACACUCUCCCAAGUGAUUAGAUUUGAAAACGCUACCUUCAAGUUGUAGUGUGGACAGGGAAAACAGAUAUUCCAAAAAUAUGACAUAUUUGUUGAUGCAGUCAUCUGAUCCAUUCAACCCAAAACAAUCAAGAUGGUGGCCCGUGUUGUAGCGGGGUUGUUGUGCCUGCUAUCCACUUUUAUAGCAUUGUUAAGGAUAAAUGUUUCUUUGUAUAACCGUCAUAUUGCAAUCCUUCAAAGGUGACGGACAGAUUAUGCGGAACUGCGAGGACGAAUGCGUUUCAGACUGUACAUGGAAAUGACGCGGGGCCACUGUUUUAAUGUUUUCUGCAUGCGCACUAAGGGGUUUUAAGUGUUUUCAUAUGUUUCAGUGUGGAGGAGCAUCUUUCGGAAAAUGUUUGAAAACAGAAGUGUGGACAGCGAGCAUUUCGAGUUUUUUGUGAACUAUCCCUUUAAAUGAACUGUUAUUCUUAUGAGGUUAGCUGAGAGGAGAUUUAAAACCACUGGUUUUUCUGUCAGUGUUUCUUUUUAUAUACAUUUUCCAGGAUGAAAUACCUUUAUUUGAGGCCAACGAAUGGAAUCAUUUUGAACAGUUGCUAGUCCAAACCACUUUAUGCUAAAUCUCAUACUGAACAUCUCCAAUUCUCAGAAAUGUGUGCUCUGUUUGUUUGUUGUAUGGAAUUAUGAUUUUAUUUGUAUUUAUGUUUUAAAUUAUGUUCAGCUCCUUAAUUUAUUUAAAUAUAUAUGUUGUCACAACCCCAUGAUUAAGAAUACUUGUUGAAGUUUGCUGGAGAUUUCCGAAAUUAGCUUGAAAAACACAUACAAUUUCUUAAAAACACAUCUUCGCUAAUAAUCUUAAAGACGCACUCAGCUUUUUUUGCUGCACUGAUUGAAAUGGCAGGUCUUAUACUGACAUCUUGUGGCGUGGCCGCGGCAUUACACACCCAAUAAUUCUGUUAACAAUGCCAUGGUAUGCGUGGGGGUGGGGGUGUGGUUACCAAGAUUAAAUUUAUAGUAUUUGGCGGGUCAUGUAGCACAAAUGCAUGUAAAAUGAAAAAGCUCAGGCUACGGGCAAAACUGGAGUCUUAAUCUCAUGUGAAUGAUAUAAAUUAAUUAAAAAAUUCUGAGUGCACCUUUAAGAUACAGAGUAAUUUAGAUAUAACAAGCAAAUGAAACAUGUCAUAUUAACAUUUUGAAGGCAAUAUUGCUGCAUAUUAAAACACUUUCCUCCUCCAUGUUUUUCCUCCAUUCAAACAUUAUGUGAAAGUCAAAGAGCUGCUGUUUUGUAAAACUUUAAAGACAACAUUUAUCUUUUUUCAUAUUUGGCAUUUACUAUAUAUGUCAAUAACAAAACAAGAACUAAAAAUCUCAUCAUCUUUUGUUUGUUUCAGUAACACUGACUGGUUCACUACAUGUACAUUCAUGAACAGAAGACAUACCAAUAUAUGACAAGUCAUUAAUUGUGUUGAAGAAAAUGUUCUGUGCAAUUUAUGUACAAUUGCCUCUAAAAUUAUUAAAGUUUUAUUUAGCUAUUUCCAGGUUCUGACUUCAUUUGUUAGUUUGCUGUACAGUUCAAGAAAAACACUGUUGUUGAGAACGAGAAAUAUGGUUUCACUUGUGUAAAGUUAAAUAAAUGCUAUGGACAGACUGUAUAUAUCCAUGACAUGUAGAAUGCCAUUGUCAAUAUGGGUGCACUAAAAUGAGUGCCAUACAAAAUAAAAGCAAAAUAUUUGU